ACCAUCGUACAACCAACGGUCGUUGGAUCCUGUGCACACGCAGAUCAUCAUUGACGCGAUGACGAUGGCGUUCUCGCAGGCCGAGAAGACGUACGAGUUGCCUACCCUCAAGCUGGCGCCACUAGGCCUGGAGAAACCGAAGUCGGGCGUGCGGGCUGAUCGUCUGAAGGCAGAGGACUGGAAGGACGAGCUCGCAGACCAAUACUAUUAUUACGCUGUUUCCGGCGAGCACAACGCGGCUGCUGCCAAGGCGCUGCUCGGCACGGACGUCGUAUUGAGGUACAACUUCGACAGGUGGCCUGCACGUAUGGUUUACUUCUCGGACGAGGAGUUUGAAGGGUAUUUUCUGGUCAGCUCAGAGGACAAUUUGAAGGACUUGAAGGCGCCUCCUAGACAGCUGAAACUAUCAAUGAAGGACAUUCGGUGGCUGUGGAAAGAAAAGGGUUUCCCAAAGGCUGUUAUGGGCAACCCCAGCGGCAAACAAGCUCAGGUGAAGACAUGGCGUGAGUUCUGUUCGCAGGCGCUUCACAAAACGCCUUACUACCAGUUGUGGAUUCUCGCUGAUGAGAAGGGCGAGGACAGUAUUAAGAAGCAGAACGCUGCCCUUUGCUCUUAUUUUCCGUUGGUGAUGGCUGGAAAAAGCGCGUGGGAGCUGGGUAUGGAAUUUUUCGAGAAAUGGGAGAUGGGGAGACUUCUGGCACCCGAGGGGGCGAGGUGGAUCACAAAGAAAAGAAAAGUGAAGGGCGUCUGGCCCGGCGUUAGCCACAUCGAAAACGACAAGUUGGGGCGAAAGGAGGUUGUCUACAACGUCCCCUUCGAGGCGCUCCAAAAGAAAGGAAAGAAGGAGAAAGAGCCUGGCGAUUGGUUUGUCCAGGUCACCGAGCCAGAUCCGCACUGCUGGAAGAGCAUGGAAACCCUUACCGACAACGAGAAAUGUCGGUUGCUCAAGAAGGUCUUCAACUGCGAGGUUUUGUGGGUGCAAACAGGCUCCGCAUCGUUGGCGAAGCAAGGCAAGCCGGGAGUGCAAGAAGCAGUGCACCUGCUCAAGUGCGAUCGCAUCUUGGUGCGAUUGUGGAACUACUAUCAGUUUGUGCACGAGAACCGGUCGACUGUUGACUGGACACGUGUGUAUCCCUUCCGGAAGAAGCGGGAGUCGAUUUUGGCGGAGUUCGAGAAGCAAGGAAUGGAUGCCUCGUUGUGGGACGGGAGCAGGAAGCUCGUCGGUGACGCCUCGCUGUUCAAGGACUACCCGCAGGACAUGGGGUGCGAGGACGACAAAACGAUCAAGGCGACGGAAAAACUCACCCAAAACAAGAAGUUGUCCGCCGACUGGAAGAACGAGGUCCUCUCAGUGCUGACGGGCGGUAGGGUGAAGAGCAUGGAGGUCGCGCUUGCUGAAGGCAUGGUGCACGUUCUGUGGAAAGACUCAGGGGACGUGACAUCGAUUGCUCUGUUCGGCGUUGACCCUCUGGAGGCGCAGUUGAGGGUCACGGAGCUGGAGAAAGCGGUUGGGACCACCAAAUGCCACACGUGCGUUCUCGAUCUGUGCGAGCCGUGGGAUUACUCCUUCAUGACCAGCCUGCGCCAUCUGCCCGUUGUGAAGGCAAUGGUAGGGAAGUGGGUAAGGAGGACGCAGCAGAAGAAAAGUUUCCCUGUGGGGAACAACUUGUACUCGGCUGACAACAGCAUGUACAUUCUCUUCAAAGGUGACGAUUUGCGGGAGAAUACAUACGUCGUCUACGAUGCUAGGUUGUCGUCAGAUGACGCUGCGGCCGUCAGGGUGCAUCAGAAAGUGACCCCGACAGACAUAUCGGGGACUCCCUUCGACCCUUGUGAGUGGUCGUCGGCCAUGCCUGAAGUUGACAGAAAGGUGUACAAGGACAUGGAGCGGAACCCCACACCAUUGGCCCAUCUGCUGGAAUUUGUGUGCAAAAAGAGGGAGGGCGUCAUGUUUCUCGGCAAGUCGCACGCGCGAGUAGUGUGGGAGGUUUUGAAGAGCGAGGUUUUGAAGAGCGGCCGACACGUGGUCGCGCUGGAAGGGAAUUCUGAGUUGUUGCAAUACACGUUGGAGUCCCUCAAAAGCGAGGUCAACUCUGGAGCCAGUCGUUGCGAGUUCGUUUCGAGGAGCGAGAAAUCAACACGAGUUCGGGACCCGUCUACGAACAUGUGGUUCAAGUUGAUAGAGCGGAAGAGGAACAGGAUCUACAAAUUCCUCUUUUUGGAAACACGGCCCAGGACGGACAAUGGCGUUGAGUACAUGCGCCGCAAGGAACACAUAUUGGCAUUGCUGGACAACUACCACGACGCCUCACGCAAGAACGAAAAGAACUUCCUCGACUUGCUGGAGUGUUUGUACUUCGUCGAGUCCGAGCAGGUGCUGAAGCUGGAGAGUUAUGGUGCCUUGAUCUCCACGGACGACGAGGCAGAGACAGGCGUUGUUUUCGACACCGCUACGCCGGAGGAGGACAGCGACAGCAAGGAUAUCGACAUCGAUUACCAUCCUGCUCCGGUGUUUCAUGCCCCUGGCUCCUCGUCAGCCGGUGGGGGCGGCAUAGGGGUGGGUGUCGGAGGGGCCCCCUCGGAGACAGCAGAGGGUACCGUCGCUUCGGGUGGGGUUUCAGUUGAACAAGAGGCCACGCCAAGGGAAGGCAGUGGUGGUGAGAAGGGGGAGAACGUUGCUGGAAAGCUGACUGCCAGGUCCGGUAAGGGACCUGCAUCGAAGUCUGUCGGAAUCCGGACUACAUGGACUGAGGCACCGGGCAAUUCCGUGAAUGGCAUGGGAGGGACGGAGGGGAAGAAGAAAAAAGAAGGGGAAGAAGGGGAAGAAGGGGAAGAAGAGGAAGAAGGAAAAGAAAGGGAAGAAGGGGAAGAAGGGGAAGAAGGGGAAGAAGGAAAAGAAAGUGAAGAAGGGGAAGAAGGGGAGGAAGGAGAGGAAGGGGGUGGAAAAGGGGAUAUCGACAUUGACGACGAACAGCUAGGCAAUGAGGAGAAUGCCUACUGUGAGGAGUCUUCUGACUCGUUCGGGCACCUUUACGCGGGUCAUCCGGGGCCUGAUGUCAACGACGAUGCGACGACAAUCGAGAUGGAGACGCAGGUGGUCAGUGACCUUUCAGCAGACCCUGAAGAAUAUGAGGUUCAACCGUUGACGGCUGCAGUUGAUCUCCAACACCGUUGCGAUGAGGUUUCCGCUGCGGUGAGCCCGGCUCAACGAAGUCAACAAUUGAGCGUCGUUGAAGCUAUACAUGGGAUACUCGGCGACGAGCAGGUGGUCAGGCAACGGUUUGCAGCGCGUGUCCCGGACGACCGCCAAAACGUCACAACUUUCGUGCCCUCGAACACCGUUGUCUCACCACCCAGCUCUCCGAUCCUGACCGUCACCUUAGCCGGCGGCCGGGAGGGGGAUCCAGGGGGCUGGCAACAUGUCACGUCCCCGAAAAAAUCUCGGGUCAGCACUCAAGCUCUCGACGUGCUGGGCUUGCCCGCGCCAAAGUCGCCGACGAAGGAACGAAGAGAUAAAGUGGCUGGUAAGCAGUGAUGAACGCCGAUUCGUGCACGCUCCCCGAAAAAAAACAUAGCCAAGUCUAUUGAAUGA